UGGAUAAGGCCGUUAUUGCAUGUGUGCACGGUAUCUUCAGUUUUGUCACAACUCUGAAACACACGAAAUCAUGUCUGGACGUGGAAAGGGAGGAAAAGCGAAGGGAAAGGCAAAGAGCCGAUCAUCAAGGGCAGGACUUCAGUUCCCAGUGGGCAGAAUCCAUCGUCUUCUGCGCAAGGGCAACUACGCCGAGAGAGUUGGAGCUGGUGCCCCCGUGUACCUCGCCGCCGUUCUUGAAUACUUGGCCGCCGAAGUGUUGGAAUUGGCAGGAAAUGCUGCUAGAGACAACAAGAAGACGAGAAUUAUCCCCCGUCAUCUUCAACUUGCUAUCCGCAACGACGAGGAAUUGAACAAACUGUUGUCUGGUGUGACCAUCGCACAAGGUGGUGUUCUGCCAAACAUCCAGGCCGUUCUCCUGCCCAAGAAGACUGGCAAGGUUGCCAAGUAAAUGUCUUUUAAUAAGACUAGUUAAAUAAAACGGCCCUUUUUAGGGCCACUCAAGUACUUCCGAGAGAAAGUACAUUUUU